GUAGUCUACUUUCUGAACAUCUGAUUGGCACCAUAAAUGUGAGAAGAGAUCAUUGUGAGGUUUGCACGAUUUCGGCGUUUACUAAUUAAUUGCAUAUCAGAAAAAAUGAGUAGUUAGUAAUUUCUUAUUGAAUUGAAGCAAACAUCUUAGAAAUUUUUACGUACGAAAUUGGUUAGAUAAUACUUUCGAUAUUUAUGGAUUAUUAAAUGAACGUUGUAUCAGUGAUUAAGUUUGAAUUAAAUAAAUAUUUAUAGAUUCUCAAGAUGUCAAACCUAACAAACUUUGUGUCAACUGCACUGAAAGUAUGGGUUCCUCAAAUGACAACAGUUCGCUUUCGUUAUUGGGCUGAUAAGAAGAGACUUAUAAGAAACUAUGGAUACAAAGAGAUCCUAAAUCAAAAAGGACUUCUAGCACAUACUGGUGGUGACAAACCAAUACGGCCAAUGCCUAUAUAUCGUCCUGAUAAUUCAUGGUCUGAAAGAAAAGCACUUUUUGGUCAAAAUGACUACAUUGACAUUCUUGGUACCCAAGAACUUCCAGUUACAAAGAUAAUGUAUAAUGUUCCCAAGUGGCUUAGAGGAGUCAGAGGGGAUAAUGAACUGCAAGUUCUUAUCCGAAAAAAGAAAGCACUGAGACUUGGCGUUUAUCCAAUUGCCAGGCCCACAAAGUGGAAGGAAUUGAAUUCAAGAAUCAUGUAUCUUUAUAAGUUCAUGAAUCGUAAAACUAGAACAUGGAUGUCCAAACAGUAAGAUAAUGUACUUUAAGAUCUUUUUAAUAAAAUUAUAUAAGUUGUUAACGUA